UGUGCGGUGUUGGGAGCGAGGUGACAGGCUAAGAGGCGCAAGAGGAGGCUCUGUGCGCACUGAACCGGGGCGGUUUUGAGGGUCGGGGACAGACCCGUGCGGUGUCCGUGCUGAGUGGGACCCGGUCGGUCAACUGUCGCUACUCCUUUCCGUCCAGAAGUUCCGAUGGCGGCGCCUGCGCUGAGGGACCCGGCUCAGGGCAGUGUGACCUUUGAGGAUGUGGCCGUGUACUUCUCCCGGGAGGAGUGGCGUCUUCUCGAUGAGGUUCAGAUACACCUGUACCUUGAUGUCAUGCUGGAGAACUUUGCCCUUGUCUGCAUGCUGGGUUCUUGGCACCGGGUCGAGGAUGAAGAGACACCUUCUGAACAGAACGUAUCUGCAGAAGGAGUGUCACAGAUCAGGACUCCCAGCGCAGGUUCAUCUCCUGAGAAGGCCCAGCCUUGUAAGAUGUGCGUCCCAGUCUUGAGAGACAUUUUGCACUUGGCUGAAGAGCAAGGAACAAAUAGGGGCCAGAAAGCAUACACAUGUGGGGCUUGUGGGAAACAGUUCUAUUUCACUGCAGACCUUCAACAGCACCAGAAGCAGCGCAUUAGAGAGAAACCCUUCAGCUGUGAUACGGGGAGACCCGCAUUUUUCAAAAGCCGCACAAUCCAUGCAACAGGGAAUCUCUCUACCUACAUGGAGAUUGGGAACAACUACGUGGCCAAAACUGGACUUCAGAAACAGGUCACUAACACCAGGAAGAAACUGGACAACAGUAAGGAGUGUGAAGCUGUUUUUGACAGUGGAAAAGGUCAUCACAGCUGGGGAGAAGGUGAGAAAGCCUCCAGCCACACAGAAAUACUUGUUCAGUCUGAGAGAGUCCUCACUUGUGAAAGGUUUUCUGAAUGCAGCAACUGUGGGAAAGCCUGCACCCAAAGAAGUAACCAUAGUCAGCACCAGAAAGUUCACACUGGAGAAAGGCCUUAUGAGUGCAGCCAAUGUGGAAAAUUUUUUACCCACAAAUCUAGUUUCCUUACACAUCAGAGAGUUCACAGUGGGGAAAGGCCUUUUGAGUGCAGUGAAUGUGGAAAAUCUUUUACUACUAGGUCUGGCCUCUAUUAUCAUAGGAGAGUUCACACUGGAGAAAGGCCUUACGAGUGCAGUGAAUGUGGGAAAUCUUUUAGUAAUAGGUCAAUCCUUUGUAAUCAUCAGAGAGUUCACAGUGGAGAAAAGCCUUUUGAGUGCAGUGAAUGUGGGAAAUUCUUUAGCCGAAACGGACACCUCAGUGCCCAUAAGAAAGUUCAUACUGGAGAAAAGCCAUAUGAAUGCAAUAAAUGUGGAAAAUUUUUUACUGCUAAGACGAGCCUUCAUUACCAUCAGAGAGUUCACAGUGGAGAAAAGCCUUACGAGUGUAGUCAGUGUGGGAAAUCUUUUACUACUAGUUCUGGUUUCUGUUAUCAUCAGAGAGUUCACAGUGGAGAAAGGCCUUUUGAGUGCAGUGAAUGUGGGAAAUCUUUUACUACUAGUUCUGGUCUCUAUUAUCAUCAGAGAGCUCACAGUGGAGAAAGGCCUUAUGAGUGCAGUGAAUGUGGGAAGUCUUUUACUACUAGUUCUGGUCUCUGUUAUCAUCAGAGAGUUCACAGUGGAGAAAGGCCUUAUGAGUGCAGUGAAUGUGGGAAGUCUUUUACUGGUAGCUCGAGCCUUCAUCGUCAUCAGAGAGUUCACAGUGGAGAAAAGCCUCAUAAGUGCAGUGCAUGUGGGAAAUGUUUUAGUAUUAUAUCUGAUCUUUAUGUUCAUCAGAGAAUUCACACAGGAGAAAGGCCUUAUAAAUGCAAUGAAUGUGGGAAAUGUUUUACUGAUAGGUCCAGCUUCAUUCAACAUCAGAGAGUUCACACUGGAGAAAAGCAUUAUGAAUGCAGUGAAUGUGGAAAAUCUUUUAGCAAAAAGUCCAAUUUCCUUCAACAUAAGAGAGUUCAUACUGGAGAAAGGCCUUAUGAGUGCAGUGAAUGUGGGAAAUCCUUUAUCCAUAGAUGUCAACUUUUUAUGCACCAGAGAGUUCACACAGGAGAAAGGCCUUAUGAGUGCAGUGAAUGUGGGAAAUCCUUUAUUCAUAGAUGUCAACUUCUUAUACACCAGAGAGUUCACACAGGAGAAAGGCCUUAUGAGUGCAGUGAAUGUGGGAAAUCUUUUACAGUUAGGUCUGUUCUGCAAAAUCAUCAGAGAAUUCAUACUGGAGAAAGGCCUUAUGAGUGCAGCCAAUGUGAGAAAUCCUUUAUCCAUAGAUGUCAACUUCUUAUACACCAGAGAGUUCACACAGGAGAAAGACCUUACGAGUGCAGUGAAUGUGGGAAAUCUUUUACAGCUAGGUCUGCCCUCCAAAAUCAUCAGAGAAUUCAUACUGGAGAGAGGCCUUAUGAGUGCAGCCAAUGUGGGAAAUCCUUUAUCCAUAGAUGUCAACUUCUUAUACACCAGAGAGUUCACACAGGAGAAAGACCUUAUGAGUGCAACCAAUGUGGGAAAUCUUUUACAGCUAGGUCUGGCCUCCAAAAUCAUCAGAGAAUUCAUACUGGAGAAAGACCUUAUGAAUGCAGCCAAUGUGGGAAAUCCUUUAUUCAUAGAUGUCAACUUCUUAUACACCAGAGAGUUCACACAGGAGAAAGGCCUUAUGAGUGCAAUGAAUGUGGGAAAUCAUUUACAGCUAGGUCUGCCCUCCAAAAUCAUCAGAGAGUUCACACAGGAGAGAGGCCUUAUGAGUGCAGUGAAUGUGGGAAAUCUUUUAUUCAUAGAUGUCACCUUCUUAUACACCAGAGAGUUCACACGGGAGAAAGGCCUUAUGAGUGCAGUGAAUGUGGGAAAUCCUUUAUUCAUAGAUGUCAACUUCUUAUACACCAGAGAGUUCACACAGGAGAAAGGCCUUAUGAGUGUAAUCAAUGUGGGAAAUCUUUUACCGCUAGGUCUGGCCUCCAAAAUCAUCAGAGAAUUCAUACUGGAGAAAGGCCUUAUGAGUGCAGCCAAUGUGGGAAAUCCUUUAUCCACAGAUGUCAACUUCUUAUACACCAGAGAGUUCACACAGGAGAAAGGCCUUAUGUGUGCAGUGAAUGUGGGAAAUCUUUUAUUCAUAGAUGUCAACUUCUUAUACACCAGAGAGUUCACACAGGAGAAAGGCCUUAUGUGUGCAGUGAAUGUGGGAAGUCCUUUAUUCAUAGAUGUCAACUUCUUAUACACCAGAGAGUUCACACAGGAGAAAGGCCUUAUGAGUGCAGCCAAUGUGGGAAAUCGUUUACUGCUAGGUCUGGCCUCCGAAAUCAUCAGAGAGUUCAUACUGGAGAAAGACCUUAUGAGUGCAGUGAAUGUGGGAAAUUGUUUAUUGUUAUUUCUGGCCUUAUUAAACAUCAGAGAGUUCACACAGGAGAAAGGCCUUAUGAGUGUAAUGAAUGUGGGAAAUCUUUUACUGCGAGAGCUGGCCUCCAAAAUCAUCAGAGAAUUCACACGGGAGAAAGGCCUUAUGAGUGUAAGGAAUGUGGGAAAUCUUUUACUGCAAGAUCUGGCCUCCAAAAUCAUCAGAGAGUUCACACAGGAGAAAGGCCUUAUGAGUGUAAGGAAUGUAGGAAAUCUUUUACUUCUAGGUCUGGCCUCCGAAAUCAUCAGAGUGUUCAUACUGGAGAAAGGCCUUAUGAGUGCAGUGAAUGUGGAAAAUCUUUUAGCCAAAGACAAAUCCUCAGUACCCAUAGGAAAAUCCAUACUGGAGAAAGGCCUCAUGAGUGCAAAGAAUGUGGUAAAUCUUUUAUCCAAAAGUGCAGCUUAAUUCAUCAUCAGAGAGUCCACCGUGGAGAAAAUACCCUAUGAAUGCAGCCAAUAAGGACGCCACUGGGGUUUGGAGGAGUUUGACAUGGUAACAGAAUGGGGGGAACAGGUGCAGUCAUCAUGCAACAGAUGGACCAUUUCUAGAGAGGAAACUCAGGGUGAGAAGGGGUGUCAUCUGCUUGUGAAUUUUUAGCAAUGGACAGGGAUUUAGGAUACAGUGCUAGGUUGACUGGUUCAGGCCAUGAGGAGCCUGGUCACAGCGCUCCUCUUUCACUCCCUACCCUGUUUUGGGGACUCAAAGAACACUUUGUCCAUUCGGACACCCUCUUAUCACCCCCACACAGACACAAAGAGGCCUGCUCAGGACACCCCCUCCUCCCCACAUGUGACUUGACAGGACUGUUGUUUCACUGGGAACAAAUAUUGAUGGCUUUCCUAUGAAGGAUCCGACUUAUGUACCCGAUAAUGAUCUGGUCCUGCUAACUCCAUGCCACAGGUUUGCAGUGGAUGUUUGGCAGCCAAAUUCAAGGAACAGACUCAGCCUUGGGAUGUGGAUGUGACCCAGUCCCAGGACAGAGAAAACUAAUCAAUAUAGAACACCACAUUAACAGAAGGAAGGAUGAAAAAUAACAUGAGCAUCUCAGUAGACAGAAGAAGCAUUUGACAAAAUUCAGCAUCCAUUCAUGAUGAAAACCCAUCCAGGUGGGUAUAGAGGGAACAUAUCUCAAUAGAGGCCAUUUAUGACAAAACCACAGCAAACAUCAUACUGGUGGAAAGCCGAAAGGCUUUCCCCUAAAUUCAGGAAGAAGAGGAUGCCCACUCCCACCACUUCCAUUUCACAUAGUAUUGGAAGUCCUAGCCCCAGCAAUCAGACAAGGAAAAGCAUCCAAAUUGGAAGGUAAGAGGUAAAACAGUAUUUUCAGAUAACAUGAUACUUUAUAUAGAAAACCCUAGUGUCCACCUCAAAACUCUUAGAACUAAUUAACGAAUUCAGCAAAGCUAUAGGAUAUAGUACAAAUAUACAGACAUCUGUUGAAUUUCUGUACACUAAUAAUGAACCAUCAGAAAAGGUAAAAAAAAAAAAUUGCUUCAGUUCGCAUCAGAAAGAAUAAAAUACCUAGUAGCAAAUUAACUGAGGGCUUGAAAGACAUAUAUUCAGAAAACUAUAAAACGAUGAAGAAGAUUGGAGAUAAAGAAAUGGAAAGAUAUCUUGUGCUCUUGCAUUGGAAGAAGUAAGAUUGUUAGAAUGACAAUACUACGCAAAGCAAUUGUGAAACGGACAAGACAUAAUGGAGUUAGAAAAACUAUCCGAAGUGAGGCAAAGGAAGAACACACGUCUGUUGUCAUAUGUGUUCAGUGUCUCAAGAAAUAUAGCAGCAGUCUUGUGAGUAAGGCAUAUUCUAGUAAUUGGGAUAUAUUCAUGUCCAAGACAUAAAAAGGAGUCAGUCCUUAUGGAAGCAAUAUUGAUGGAAACUGCACCUAGGUAAUUAGAUUUCAUGCAAUAUUAGAAUGAGAUGCUCCUAUGAAAAGGGACAAAAAGAGCAAGUUACAGUUGAGGAAAAACGGGGGUUUGGGAUGGGUUGAAAGAGUAAAUAGAGUAUCCAGAGUAGGACUUUAGUGAAGGUGGACAGUUGUGGAAAUACUGUGUUAAGAAAGGACAGCGUGCUUUCCUCUUUUCCAAUUGUUAUAUGUUCAUUUUCUUUAUUAGAGAGGACUUCUGGCAUAUUAGGGAAUACCAGUGUAAUGCAGAGAACUGCCAUCCUACUGAUCUGAAGCAUCCUAUUUAUGUCCUUUAUAUCUAGUCUUUUCAGUCCAGAACCAUAUAAAGUUGCACAAAUUACAUUUAUUUCUCAUCUCCCUUUAAUGUCCAUUCUGACACAAUCUGAUUUCCUUCAAGUUGU